GAAAAUGCUUUAACUCGUUAGUCUGCCACCAAGAAGUCUCCAGCUGCGAUUAUAAAAGACCCAGCACUUCCAAACAUCGAAUACAGACGUUGCAUCAUUUCAAGCCAUAAAUAAACUAAUCUAACAGUAAGCAGAAUCCUUCAUUUUCUCAUGAACCUGAUUUGGAAUCCCCAUAAUUCCGAGCAUGACGAUGCCAAGAACUUAUGCUUGCGUGAAGAAACUCACAUCAUUAUCAUCAUCUUCUUCAGCAGAAAAUUUGGCUAAGAAAGCAAAAUCUGCUUUUGGAUCGAGUUUUAGGAGAUUGGUUUCGGUUAAAUUUGGGAAUGAAGAAGAGAAACAAUUCGGAAAAUUGAACAAAGGCAAGAAAUUCGUGGCGUUAUGGGGAAACGGUGAUUAUGGGAGGCUGGGAUUGGGGAAUUUACAGUCUCAGUGGAGACCUAAGCCUCUUUUUUCAUCUGCUUUUGAUAAUCAGAGUGUUAAGGAGAUAGCUUGUGGUGGUGCUCACACUCUUUUCCUCACUGAAAAUGGAAAUGUGUAUGCAACUGGUCUCAAUGAUUUUGGACAGCUAGGAAUAUCAGAUUAUAAAAGUUAUACAACUGAGCCUCUAAGAGUUUCAGGACUUCCUAAAGAAGUCAUGAAGAUUUCGGCUGGCUAUUAUCAUUCUGCUGCAAUCACAGUGGAUGGGGAGCUCUAUAUGUGGGGAAAAAAUGCCAAUGGACAACUAGGCCUUGGAAAAAAGGCAGAACAGGUCGUUCCUUUACCUAGUAAAGUUGAAUGCUUGAAUGGAGUCACAAUUUCAACGGCAUCCCUGGGAUUUGAACACUCAAUUGCUGUUACAGAUGGAGGUGAACCCUUGAGUUGGGGAGGAGGAGAAUUGGGAAGACUUGGUCAUGGACAUGAAUCAAGCAUUUUGGGAUUUCUGAAAAGUAGCAGUGAAUAUACACCACGGCUUAUCAAAGAACUUGAGGGAGUCAAGGUCAAAAGUAUUUCUGCUGGGAUGCUCCAUUCUGCCUGCAUUUCUGAGAAUGGUGCUGUAUAUUUUUUUGGAGAAAGAGCAUUAGAGAAAAUGUUUUUUGGCAAAGCAAACAAUGCUACUACACCAUCUAUGAUCAGCUCGCUACCAUUUUCAAAAGAGGUUGCAUGCGGUGGUUAUCACACCUGUGUUAUUACAAAUGGUGGAGAUUUGUACACAUGGGGCUCCAAUGAGAAUGGCUGUCUUGGCAUUGGCUAUUCAGGUGUUGCUCAUACACCUGAAAGAGUUGAAGGUCCAUUUUUGGGGGAACCUGUUAGUAAGGUGGCCUGUGGUUGGAAGCAUACAGCAGCAGUUUCUGGGGGCAAUAUAUACACUUGGGGCUGGGGUGGUUCACAUGGAACAUUUUCAGAAGAUGGACACUCUCCAGGCGGACAAUUGGGUCAUGGUGAUGAUGUUGACUACGUGGAACCUACUUUGCUCGACUUCAACAAGAACGUAAAAGCAUUGGAAGUAUCUUGUGGAUUCAAUCACACGGGUGGCCUUUUUGAAUAUAUCUGAGUAAUGGCCAUGACAUUGACUCUUUUUCGUCGUUCUGUUUCUGCCAAGCGAUUUCGAGGAAGAUUUCUGCACUAUUUGUUCAUUCUUUCUUUAAAGCUGAAGAUUGACCGAAACCCCUACAUUUGUUAUACUCAUCAAGAGAACUAAUGGGAAAAGCAGAGUACAUAAUGAGGUGCGUGACAUGUAUUUUGUGUCGAUGGAUAAUUUUCUGAAAAAUAAACGGCAGCCAUAUUUAAAGAAAAUGUAUCUGUAUAUAAGAUGAUAAAUGUUUGCUAUGUAUUGUUCAGAUUGUAAUUUCUAUAUGAUGGGGUUUUGUGUA